GUACUCACGCGGCGAGCUAUCCGCGGGCGAUUAGAACAUCUGAGCACGGGUACGGCGGUGACUUAUCAUUUGUUUAUCUUGCUCCGUUGUCCGUGAUUGUUUUAUAACCAGACGUUGAGUAAAUGGACAAAAGAAGUCCUUGACUUGCUCGGCUCACCAUGGACAAGUUAUUUUAAACUCGUGUGUUGUUUGUGUUUUCUCUUUGGAUUUGUGCUGUUCAAUUUUUCAAACGGAUUUGAUGUAAUCGUCGAUUAUCUAUUAUAAAAAGCAAAUCAAUAAGUUCAACAAGACAAACCACGCAACCGUAUUUUAUUGUGAACAUUCAAAUCAUCGUAUGUUUCACCACUGGACAUCGCUAAGUGGAUUAUUUAACAAACAUCAUAAUUUAUUUUCGUGGCUUUGACUUUUUUCAUCCAACUCUGACUGUGGUGCGGAGUUUCGAUAUCUGUUUAACAGCAUCGAGUUUCUGCUUGUAUUGCGAGGUGUUCCUGAAUGUAGCAUAGCAAAAUAUUGCUACCUCUUGUAUUACAAGCUAUUGCUACCCGCUGCAAACUAUUGUUACCUGUUGCAUAGCAAACUACUGCUACCUGUUGUAUUACAAGCUAUUCCUACUGUAUAUCAAGGAUUUUUCUGCCUGAUGCAUAGCAAGCUAUUGAUACCCGUGGUAUAGCAAACUAUUGCUACCUUUUGCAUAAGUAGCUGUUGGUACCUGCUGUAUAUCAAGGUGUUUCUGUGUGUUGUAAAACGAGCUACUGCUGCCUAUUGUAUAGCAAGCUACUUCUAGCUGUUGUUAAGCAAGCUACUGCUACCUCUUGUAUAACUAGCUACAGCUACCUCUUGUAUAACUAGCUACUGCUACCUGUUGUAUACCAAGCCGUGUCCGACUGUUGAAUGACGCCGUGUUGACCAUGCGAGCCCCACACUUCGCCCUCUUCACCCUGCUCUUGCUGGUCAUCCUGCUGCAGCCCACCAACACAAAGUCCAGGUAUUUCUUCAACAAAGCCUCCGACUACACCGACUUCUUCAAGACGCAGCUGGUCAGAGCCAAGGUGGAGACGCUGGGCGACAUCUUCAAGCGGCAUGUGCAGCAGUUGCGUCACACGCCACACAAGAAGGUGGAGCUUAUCUUUUUGAUUGACAGCUCCGGUACGGUGGGGAAAUAUUACUUCUAUGAAGAAAUUAGGUUUGUCCGUAACUUACUGGCCGACUUUACCGUGGACAUCAACACCACCCGCGUGUCCGUCAUCACCUUCUCCUCGCCCAAUAAAAUCUUCCGUUACAUCGACUACCUGAGUCACCCAGACGAGGACAACCACAAGUGUCGUCUGCUGCUAGAGGACAUGCCGCACGUGGAGUACACCCCGGGGGGAACCCACACCUUGGGCGCCUUCCUAGAGGCGGAAAAAGUCUUGAGGUCAGCAAGACCAGACGCCGCAAAGGCCAUCUUUCUCAUGACUGAUGGGUUCUCUAACGGCGGAGACCCCCGUCCAGUGGCCCAAAGACUGAAACGAGAGGGCGUCAAAAUAUUUACCUUUGGCAUCAAGGAUGGCUUUGUCUGGGAACUGCAGGAAAUGGCGUCGGAGCCGAAAAAUGAAACCUGUUACAUUCUGGAGAGUUUUGAAGAGUUUGAAGCUUUGGCCAAACGCGCAUUGCAUGCAGAUCUUCAUAAUGGCGGAUACAUUGAGCAGUCGAUGAAUAAGUGCCAGAAGCUGUGUAAUUCUGAGGGAUUGUGCUGUAAUGAAAAUGCUGUUUGUUCUUGUGGAACAUAUACAGGAAGAUAUGAGUGCAUGUGUAGACAAGGAUUUUAUGGUACUGGUCGUGGCAAGGUUGGCUGUUUACCUUGUCCUGCUGGUACCUACAAAAACUUUACUGGGCUGGGUGAUGUAUCAACCUGUACUCCAUGUCCAGAUGAACAUCACACAACACCCUUAGCUGCUGUGUCCAUAUCACAGUGUACUUGUAAAAAAGGAUACCAUAUCUCUGACACAAAGGAAUGUAUAGUCUUUCGCUGUUCAGAUCUCUCACCCCCAAAGCACGGCCAUUUUGUAAACAAUAAAUGUAACAAUGUUUAUAACGCUGCCUGUGGUUUGCGAUGCCAGAUGGGAUAUGAACUUAGAGGGAGCAGUCUUAGAAUAUGCCAGGAUGAUGGCAAAUGGUCAGGACAGGAAACAGAAUGUGUGUUGAGAACAUGUUCUGCUAUUCCCCAACCAAAGAACGGCCACAUGGUCUGCUCCACCGAUGACUUUUCCUACUCCACUGUCUGCCGCUUCACCUGCAACGCUGGAUACCAGCUGGUGGGUUCUAGGAAAAGAAACUGUUUGGCCAUUGCCAUGUGGACAGGGAUAGCUACCAGAUGCAGAGAGAUUACCUGCCCACCUUUAGUGGAGAUAAAAGAUGGAACAUUCAAACCUGCCAGUUGUAUAUCACAAGAAAUGAUCUUUGGAAGCACUUGUGUGAUCUCCUGCUCAUCUGGCUACACUCUGGUGGGUCCACACACCAAACAGUGUACACCAGAUGGGACAUGGUUGGCCACUGAAAAUGGUGUCAAUCAAUGUAUUGAUGAAACAGCGCCAGUACUGCGAUGCCCUCAAAACAUUGUAGUCGAAGCAGACAAACUUGAGCCUCUGACUGAAGUCACCUGGAUGGUGCCAAUUCCUGUAGACAACUCAGGGUUUCGCCCCCUACUCACUGCUGAGCCAGCAGUUCAAUCAGGAUCCAAGUUUCCUAUUGGCAACACAGUUGUAACUUACAAGGCUGAGGAUCAGAGUCAAAACGUUGCCAGGUGCAAGUUUACUAUCAGUGUUGUUGAUAAGACCCCACCACGAAUAGAAAAAUGUAUUUCUCCACCACCAUUUGUUUCCAAAUCUGAGAGAACACACCUGACUAUUGAGCCACCGGUUUUCUCUGAUAAUUCUGGACUUCCAGUAGAGAUUGCUCCUUCCUUCAGAUCAGGGCACCAGUUCCCCUUGGGCACAACAGAUGUCACUUUCACGGCCUUUGACUCAGCCAACAACAACGUUACCUGCUCAAUGCAGAUCAUGGUUGUACGUCACUUGUGUAUUAUACCUGAGGCUCCAAAACAUGGGAAUAUUUCAUGUGUUGAGGGAAACACACAAGUGGUGUGUAAAAUUGCCUGCCAUGAAGGAUUUGCUUUUGCUGUAGUUCCAGCUAGGGAGUAUGUUUGUCAGCUGGAUGUUGGGCGCUGGACACCAGAAGAGAAAUUCCCAGAUUGUGCAGUUGUUCAAAUAUCCAAUGAAAUCUCCCAGCCUGCACUACUUACACUAACUGGUGACUUGUCGUGCAAAGACAGACUACUGAUUGAAAGAAUUGAAGAAAAUCUGAAGGACAUUAUGACUGAAAAAAUUUCUAGUGCCUGUGAAAACGAACUAGUUUGUUCUGUGGGUGCACUCAAAUCUGUGUGUGAGGAUGAAGAAGAUUUUAACAAAAUUCAGCUGGUACAUGAUAACAAGAGAAGACGACGAUCUCUGAGGGAAUAUGCAAGCAAGUUGAGAGUACGAAGAGAUCAGAAGAACAAACGGUCUCGCCUCAAAUUUCAAUUUUCACUUGAAGGUGGAGUUGGAGACUCUGGAAACUCUGAUGCUGCAGUUCCUCUGAUGAAAAUGCUGGCAAGACUACAGCAGGAAGCUAAUAGUGGGAAUCUAAACCUCAGGGUGCAGGAGAGGGUGGUGGAGCUGUCCCAGCUCAGCUACGAUAUCAUCAUGCAUUGUCCAGUUGGUACAUUUUUCCAUGUGAAUACUAAGAAAUGCCAGGAUUGUCCAGUAGGGACUUAUCAAAGCCAGGAGGGUCAAAACACUUGCAUCAGCUGCCCACAACACAAAUCUACAGCAAAAGAACAUGCUAAAAGUGAGACAGAAUGCAAAGCCCUGUGCCUCCCUGGAACGUGGUCUGAAAAUGGACUUGAGCCUUGUGAGACUUGCCACAUUGGAUUUUACCAGCCAAACUAUUCUUCUCAGUCUUGUCAUCAGUGUCGCCCUGGACUUUCAACACACAGAAGAGAAAGCCAAAAAGAAGAAGACUGUAAAGAGAUCUGUCCCCCUGGUUUUAUCAGUGCUACUGGUCUGGUCCCUUGCUAUCCAUGCCCACACAACAGCUAUCAACCAGAGCCAGGUCAGACGACAUGCUUUCUCUGCCCUGUUGAAGGGACAACCCAGUUGACAGGCUCAGCCAAGUUUGAAGACUGCCAAAUCUCCUCUGAGCUUCAAGCAGAUGACUGGUCAACUUAUAACCAAGGGUCAGUUAAAAAAGGAGGACAACAACGUCAGAACAAUGUGCCAUUUAACUUAUGUAUGACAGAUCCAUGUGAAAACGGGGGUACAUGCGAGCCCACAAGAGGAUUUCUUUACAAGUGUGUCUGUCCUAGAGGCUUUGCUGGCAAAAACUGUGAAAAUGAAAUAGACUUUUGUGCAGAGCAACCCUGUAGUAAUGGUGGGACAUGUGAAAGUUAUCAGGACUCUUACAAAUGCUUAUGUAAUGAAGGAUUUGCUGGUAAAAAGUGUGAGGUGAACAUAGAUGAAUGUAAAGAUAAUCCAUGUGAGAACAAUGGUCUGUGUGUUGAUGGGAUCAAUUCAUUCACCUGCAACUGCCCCCACCCUUACACAGGAAAAACUUGCAGCACUAGAAUUGACCACUGUUCUGGAACCCCCUGCAUGAAUGGUGGAACCUGCACCAGCACAACCACAGGGUUCAAGUGUGCCUGUACUGCAGACUACGCUGGGGAAAGCUGUGAGGUGGAUGUAGACUCAUGUACACCUUCACCCUGUAGAAAUGGCGGCACAUGCCAAGACCUACCCACUAGCUAUAAGUGCUCCUGUAGCCCAGGCUUCACUGGCAAAAACUGUGAAAAAGAUAUUGAUGCCUGUGCUGAGCAGCCAUGCCAAAAUGGAGCGCGAUGUGAAGCUUUACUCAACAGCUACAAGUGCCACUGUCCAGAAGGAUUUUCUGGGCAGAAAUGUGAAAAAGAACUUGAUACCAACUACCAGAUGGACUUUGCCACACCCACCAUCAACGACUAUGCCCAGUUUGUCAUUGAUAAGCCAUUAAAUGAUGUAACAGUUGCAUUUUGGAUGAAAACCACGGAUGAAUUUAACCAGGGAACUCCAUUUUCUUAUGCUGUAAAAGGUGUGCCAAAUGCCUUGACACUCACAGACUAUUCAAAUGUACAACUGUUUGUGAAUGAUGAAACAGUUUCCAUUGGCUUGAAGCUGAAUGAUGGUCUCUGGCAUCAUGUGGCACUGAUGUGGUCGAGCAACAAGGGAGACUGGAAGUUUUACGUUGAUGGAGUUUUGAGAGACCAGGCCUAUGACUUAUCCCCCUCUAAACCUAUCCCAGGCAAGGGUUUGUUUAUCAUUGGACAAGAGCAGGAUGUGAUGGGUGGGCAGUUCAGCUCUAGUGAGACUUUUGUUGGCUCUCUGACACAGUUCAAUGUGUGGGAUGGAGUGCUUAGCCUUCAAGAAGUCCACAAGCUCAUCUACAGCUGUGAGAAGUUUGAAGGCAAUGUUUUAGCUUGGUCCUCUGUGAAGGAUGCUUUCAAAGGGGACAUCAGCAUCAGUCCAUCCACAUUUUGUAAAGAAUGCCCAACUCCAGUGAAUCCACUCCAUGGAGAAGUAACCUUCAAUGACACAAAGGCUGGCGCAAUAGCUGUCUAUGCCUGCAACAGAGGAUAUAAUUUGGAUCGCACAGAAGUCCCAAGGUGUCUUUCAAUGGGCCGCUAUGACCAGGUUACACCAAUCUGCACAGUAAUUAAUUGUGGUUCACCGGGCAACAUAAAAUUUGGAACUGUUAAAGGCAGAGAUUACACUGUUGGCAAAAAAGUAAUGUUUGAAUGCAACUACGGCUACAAGCUCAGUGGCAUAAAUGCCUCUGUGUGCACUGAAUCUGGGGAAUGGGAUUUUGAGGAAAAGCCUAAAUGUGUUCCUAUGACAUGCACACUUCCGCAGGUGUCAGAAAACACAAUACCAUCUGUACAAGACGAGGAGGUCAAACAAGGAACCACUGUACGCUUCACUUGCAAACCUGGCAAUACCCUACAGACCAGACAUAACUCAGUGGUCUGUCAGAAAGAUGGCACCUGGGACAGAAGUAUUCCAUCUUGUGACUCAAUAACUUGCAGCAACCCACCCACUAUAGAGAAUGGAGAAAUACAAACAACAUACACACAGUAUAAUAUAGGGGAUAAAGUCAGAUACCAAUGUAACACAGGAUUUGAGUUCAGAGCUGGUAUAUCAAGUAUCAGUUGCUUGCCUACUGGUAGCUGGGAUACUGUGCUGCCUGUGUGCGUCCCCAUCACAUGCCCAGACCCUCCACUCAUACCUAAUGCUGUCAGUGUUGGCACGGAUAGAACAUAUUUUGCUGUUGUUAACUACACCUGUUUACCUGGCUUCAAGUCUUCAUUACCUUCUGCUCAAAUCAAAUGUGAGUUGACAAAAGAUUGGAGCAGCACACGAUUCAGGUGUACAGAGGUUGACUGUGGCGCCCCUGCAGAGAUCCCUAAUGGGAUCAUCAACGGAGACACGUAUGUUUUUAAAAAUUACGUGCUGUACCAGUGUAACCAGGGCUACACCCUCACAGGCCCAGAGCGAAGAGUCUGCCAAGAAAAUGGUCAGUGGAGUGACACGGAUCCAGUGUGCAGUCCUGUUGUUUGUGGAAAUUUAACUGCAGUAUUGAACGGCCAGGUAGUUUACACAGCCAUGACCUACCUGAGUACAGCCAGGUUCACGUGUGAUCAGGGCUUUGAAGUGAGAGGGGCGCAGGAAAUUACGUGCAUGGCAUCCGGUCGAUGGGUGCCAGAUCCACCUGAAUGUGUUCCACGUUCCUGCCCGACCCCACAAGACAUUUUGUUUGGGUCAUUUACCUCAUCUGUUGAGCUUAUUUUCAAAGCUACGGUGAACUACACAUGUAACACAGGCUACAAGCUGACUGGCACUGACCAACUGACAUGCCUGGAGGAUGGCACCUGGUCAUCAACACCACCUGAAUGUACCAAAAUCACAUGUCCUCAAAUUGAUGACCCCGAACAUGGUUCAGUUUCCAUCGUGUCCAACACCUUCUCUGGCAGUGCUCACUUCCGCUGUAAAACUGGCUACAAGUUGGUCGGGGUGGACACAAGAAUCUGCCAGCUGGAUGGCACUUGGAGCUUUGAGUCACCAACCUGUCAGUCAACUAAUUGUCCAAAACCUGAAGAUCUGGAGAAUGGUUCUACCUCCUACAAAGACUUGUCUAUAAAUUCCAUUGUCAGGUAUAGUUGUAAAACAGGGUAUAAACUUGAGGGAGAGACAGUGAGGAGGUGCCUGGAUACCUCAGUCCUAAGUGGCAACAAGCCCACAUGUGUACCUGUUGACUGUGGAUCACCUGGCACGUUAAACUUUGGUCAGGUGAAUGUGACCAGCACUAUUUACAACUCAGUUGCUACCUUUUCUUGCAAUGAAGGUUACAUCCUGAGGGGACAGGUCUCAGCUAAAUGCCAGGAUAGUGGGUCGUGGUCUGGACAGGUUCCUGUCUGUUCUCCCGUGGAGUGUAAUUCACUUUCCAGAACCAUCUCUAACGGCAGGACUAUUGGAACAAACUUCACUUUUGGGUCGGUCAUCAGAUAUGAAUGCAAUGAAGCCUACAGACUGGAGGGGUCAGAGUUCAGGCGAUGCCUAGCCAACGGUACCUGGGAUCAUCCCAUCCCAAGCUGUGAAGCAGUAGAGUGUCCAGUCUUUAAACUGGACCAUGGUUAUUAUACAACUUCUUCACGCACAUUUGGAACUGAGGUGGGUUACUCGUGCAGGGAGGGUUACAGACUUGAGGGCCCAGUAAAGCGAACUUGUGGCAUAAACGGCCAGUGGAGUGGGCCUGAUCCUCACUGCUUAAAGAUUCUGUGUACCCCACCUCCAUCAGUUCUCCACAGUGAAACAGUGGCUCUCAACGAAACUGCUCUGCAGUAUAAAUGUUUUACAGGCUACACACUACAGGGCUCAGCUGUCAGGGUCUGUGGCAAAGACCAGAUCUGGAGGCCUGAGGCUCCUACCUGCAAUGUCAUCACCUGUCCUGAUUUGUCAGGAGCUGCCAUGGACAAUGGGGUGGUCAACUACACCCGCAACCACUUUGGGGACCAUGUCAAGUAUUGGUGUGAUGUUGGGUACAAGCUGGUGGGAUCAGAGAGGAGGAACUGUACCCUGGCUGGGGAAUGGGAGGGGAGAGCACCUCAGUGUCAGAUCAUUGACUGCGGGAACCCUGGCAACCUGCCUGACGCUGAGUUCAUCAAAGACAGUUACACAUACAACUCUGUCAUCCAGAUAGUUUGUAACGAGGGCUUCAGGUUGGUGGGGAACAGUCAGAUCACCUGUCUGAGUGACGGCACCUGGAGCAACACCGAUGCUGUGUGUACAAAGGUCACCUGUCCUGAGCUAGAGCCUACCUUCCCCAACGGCACUGUGAGUGUUACGACUACAGAGGUCAAAGGGCGGGCUUAUUACACGUGUACAUCAGGGCUCCAGCUUGUUGGUGAGGGGGUCAGGCAGUGUUUGCCCUCUGGAGAGUGGUCAGGAAGUGCACCAGUAUGCACUCAAAUAUUUUGCCCACCUCCUGAUAAAAAUGAGCAUGCAAUUAUAGAAGGAAAUAGCACAGAAUAUGGUGCUAAAGUUUUCUACAAUUGUGAACAAGGUUACGAAGUAGAAGGAGAAUUCAGUCGUACGUGUGGCAUCAACGGGAAAUGGAGCUAUAGUGCUCCCUUGUGUGUCCCUACUAUUUGCUCAGAGCCUCGGUAUGUUGACAAUGGAGCAUACAUUGGUGACAGCUCGUACGGGUCAUUAAUCACAUAUGUAUGUGAUGAUGGUUAUGAGCUGAUAGGAAACACCGAACGCUUCUGCCAGGCAAACGGCAGCUUCUCCGGUGAAGACCCAGAGUGUACCAGAGUCUCCUGUGGAACCCCCCCUGUUGUAGCGCACGCAUUCAUACACCAAAACACCAGCUUCUAUUAUGAAUCCAAUGUGAUCUAUUCUUGCAGUGAGGGAUACACCCCAUCAGGUGACAGCAACAGCUCGUGUCUGGCCAACAGGACGUGGUCCAGCAUAAAUUUCACCUGCACCAUCAAGUCCUGCCCCGUGUUCACCACACAGGACAUCCCACAUGGAGUCUUUGAGCUGGUCAGCGCCACCUAUGGGUCUAGUGUUACGGUCAGCUGUGAAGAAGGCUACCAGCUCUCUGGGGAAUCCCAGUUAACCUGUACAUCACAGGCACAAUGGAGCUCCCCUUACCCUUCUUGUUUACUUAUCCACUGUCCAGCUAUUGGUGAGAUACAGAAUGGCCUCGUAGAGGCAGACGCCACCAGCUAUGGCAGUGUGGCCAGAUUUUCUUGUAAUGUUGGCUACACUCUGGUUGGUGCCCAGCAGGCACAGUGCCAAGGUCAAGGCUCAUGGUCAGCAGCGCUGCCCAGGUGUGAGAUUGUAUCCUGCCCCAGCCCACCAUCUGUUGCUAAUGGCGACGUGAUCAGUCUACAGACCAGGUAUGAAUAUAGAGACACCGCCACUUAUGCCUGUAACCAAGGCUAUGAAUUAAAGGGUGCCAGCACCCUGACUUGUACUGAAUCUGGGGCGUUUGAUUUACCCCCACCUGUUUGUCUGAGAAUUGCUUGUCCAGAUCCUCAAGAAAUUCAGUUUGGGAAAUUUGCACUUUCUAAUGAAAACUUGACCUUGACCUACGAAUGCAGCCCUGGGUUUGACUUGAUUGGCAGCUCAAUUUUGGAUUGUUUGCUUGAAGGAGUAUGGAGUGGUAGUGCUCCAAGCUGUGUGGCUGUUGUGUGUGACGCCCCAACCUCAGUGGAAUAUGGGAACAUUGAGGGAAGCAACUACACCUUUGGACAGGCCAUCAGGUAUGUUUGUGAGGCAGGGUAUGUGCUGGAAGGGCAGGCAGUGAGAGAGUGCCAGUCAGACAGGAGCUGGAGCAACGAGGAGCCAGUUUGUGCUCCUGUCUCGUGUAAUGCCCCACCUGAGCCGUUUGAACAUGGGAACCUGACAGGAGGAUUUGAGUUUGGUGAUGGGGUUGAGUACACCUGUUUGCCUGGGUUCAAGCUACAAGGUGAAGUCUUCAGGCCAUGUCUGGAGAAUGGUACCUGGGGAGGAACAGUCCCCACCUGUAUUAGACUUGCAUGCCCGACUCCAGCGCCCUUAAUACAUGGGUCCUUCACCGGUGAAUCUUACCUGUUUAAUGACAAAAUCACCUACACGUGUGAUCCUGGCUACACACUUGUAGGUGAGAGCCAACACACCUGUCUGUCCUCCCAGACCUGGAGUCACCUGCCACCUGUCUGUGAGAGAAUAUCAUGUGGUGCCCCACCCGCCCUGAAAAAUGGCCUUGUUCUUGGAGACUCUUACCUCUAUACAGAUGUGGUCACUCUAACAUGUAACAUAGGCUACAGACUUGUGGGCAUCAACCACAGGACCUGUGGGGCUGAAGGCAAGUGGACAGGCGGUCAGGAAUGGUCAGAUGAGGACAAUUUGUGCGAGCCUGUCUUCUGUCCUUCUCUACCUGAAGUCAAUCAUGCAAGACUUAAACAGAACAGCAUGGAUCAGUACCCAGUGCUAUCUACUGUGUCUUACCAGUGUGAGACGGGCUAUAUAAUGAAGGGUUUAGGUGAUAAAGUAUGUCUACAGUCUGGUCAGUGGUCAGAUGAGCUGGUCAGCUGUGACCCAGUCAACUGUAGCUCUAUCACCAGCAUCCAGUAUGGAACUGUACAAGGCAACAACUUCACCUACCUGUCAGAGGUGAGUUUUACCUGUGACACUGGGUUCAGACUUACAGGCAGCCAGACUUUGACUUGUGAGGAGACAGGCAACUGGAACACAACUCUGCCAGUCUGUAAGGUUGUAGCCUGUCAGACAUUAACAGUAGAAGAUGGAUCUAUUGAAAUAAGGCAGAGAUCAAGUUUUGCCACAGACAAUGGGAGUUUGGAGUUUGUCUAUGGUGAUACAGUGGCUUUUACCUGUAAUGAGGGGUACGAGGUGUUGGGUGCAGGACUCAGUCAGUGUAAUGCUGAUGGUACCUGGUCAGUCACCAACACAAAGUGUGUGCCUGUUGUAUGCCCAACUGACACAGGAAUCACAAAUGCUGAGGUGUUGUAUAGGCCACCUACAUAUGGGGAAAUCAUCACCGUGACAUGUCAGGCAGGUUAUGUUGUGGAAGGUGCGCCUUCAAUGACUUGCAUGGCUGACCGUACCUUUCAGUUUGAUCCCAGUUUGAGGUGUGCUCCUGUGGACUGCCUGCAGCCACCAGAGCUUCUGUAUGGGGAGGUGUCAGCAGCUAACACAACCCUAGCUAGCCGUGCCACAUACACCUGCAUGGAGGGGUUUUACAUGCAAGGAGCUGAUUCUGUUGUCUGUGCAGCAAAUGGUACCUGGGAGGGGGAUGUACCCAGGUGUAUUAGACUUGCCUGCCCAAAUCCUACACCUAUAUUAAAUGGGUCCUACACCGGUGAAUCUUACCUGUUUAAUGACACAAUCACCUACAUGUGUGAUCCUGGCUACACACUUGUAGGUGAGAGCCAACACACCUGUCUGUCCUCUCAGACCUGGAGUCACCUGUCACCUGUCUGUGAGAGAAUAUCAUGUGGUGCCCCACCUGCCCUGAAAAAUGGCCUUGUUCUUGGAGACUCUUACCUCUAUACAGAUGUGGUCACCCUAACGUGUAACAUAGGCUACAGGCUUGUGGGCAUCAACCACAGAACCUGUGGUGCUGGAGGGAACUGGUCAGAUGAGCUGGUCAGCUGUGACCCAGUCAACUGUAGCUCUAUCACCAGCAUCCAGUAUGGAACUGUACAAGGCAGCAACUUCACCUACCUGUCAGAGGUGAGUUUUACCUGUGACACUGGGUUCAGACUUACAGGCAGCCAGACUUUGACUUGUGAGGAGACAGGCAACUGGAACACAACUCUGCCAGUCUGUAAAGUUGUAGCCUGUCCAACAUUAACAGUAGAAGAUGGAUCUAUUGAAAUAAGGCAGAGAUCAAGUUUUGCCACAGACAAUGGGAGUUUGGAGUAUGUCUAUGGUGAUACAGUGGCUUUUACCUGUAAUGAGGGGUACGAGGUGUUGGGUGAAGGACUCAGUCAGUGUAAUGCUGAUGGUACCUGGUCAGUCACCAACACUAAGUGUGUGCCUGUCUCGUGUUCAAUCCCCACAGGAAUAGAGAAUGCAGAGUUGUCAAACACUAGCACCACAUAUGGUAGCACCAUCACAGUGACUUGCAUAGAAGGAUAUGGCCUGAUUGGAAACUCAAAGCUGACCUGUGGCUCUGAUAGGAACUUUGUGGAAGCUUUCCCUAAGUGUGUGCUGCUGGCUUGUGCUGUACCACCUCUGGUAGACAACGCCUACACUGAAGGGGAUAGCUUCAGACAGGGGGAUAGUAUAACCUACAGGUGCAAGCCUGGCUAUGAUGUUGUGGGUAACAAUGUGUUAACCUGUGGCCCUUCCAAUGAGUGGAUGGGCACGUUACCUUCGUGUAGAGAGGUAGACUGCGGGCCGCCCCCUCAGUUACCUAAUGCUGAUGUGACUGCUGACACCACCACCUUCAAGAGCCUGGCAUUGGUCACUUGUAGGUCAGGCUAUGUUCCAAAAGGUGACCCUGGUAUGUCCUGCAGUGCUGACCGCACUUGGACAGUACAUCCCAGUUUUGUAUGUGCCCCUGUGGACUGCCUGAGCCCGCCUGAGGUUCUGUAUAGCGAUGUUUCAGCAGAGGAGACAACUCUGGGUAGUGUUGCUGUCUACACAUGUGUCAGGGGCUACUUCAUGAUGGGGGCCAGUUCUCUAGUCUGUGAGGCAGAUGGCACCUGGGGGCAGGAACACCCCAAAUGUUCUCCCAUGGACUGCCAGCUCCCACCAAACAUUGACAACGGCAAGUUCCAGCACAAUGGUACCCAUUACCAAGAUGUUGCAGUGUAUUCCUGCGAUGUUGGCUAUCAGCUGGUCAACAAUUCUCUCCUAGAGUGUGGUGAGGCAGGAGCUUGGGUCGGGGAGCAGCCACAGUGCAGCAUCAUCGUCUGUGGGAACCCACCAAGCCUCCCACAUGCCACAGUUUCACUAGUCAACAACCUAACACAGUACCUGGCAACAGCUACCUACAGCUGCCACGCCGGCUACACCAGCACUGUGCCCACAUCCACCCUGACAUGCAGUGCUGCUAAACUUUGGGAAGGGGAGAGAAUUGAUUGUCAGCCUGUGGACUGUGGUGACCCCCCUGCGCUUACACACGGGCGGUACCAGAAGUCAGGGACCAAGUUUGGAGCUGAAGUGUUCUACAGCUGUGAGAAAGGUUAUGUUCAAACAGGUCAGAGUUCAACCACAUGCACAGAGACUGGGCAGUGGAGUGAGUCUCAUGCAUGUUUACCUGUGGACUGUCAGUCUCCUCCUGCUAUACAACAUGGCCAGCCUGUGUUCAACAGCACAACAUACGAGGCCAAGGCCAUCUAUAUGUGUGCUGCUGGCCACACUCUGGUGGGGGAUAAUGUGUUGGAGUGUUCAGAUGUUGGACGCUGGUCAGCUAAACCUCCCAAGUGUAACCCAGUGGACUGUGGGAUACCGCCAUCUAUUCAGUUUGGUGACGUCACCUACACCAACACAACCUUGAAGAACAAAGCCGUUUACACCUGCAAACCUGGCUACAACAUGACAGGGAGCAACGACCUCACCUGCGAUGAGUCUGGCCACUGGGUUGAUGCUGUCCCGUCUUGUGUGAUAGUCCACUGUGCCUUACCCGCAGUUGGACCAAACUUGAACUUCACCUACACAGGUUUGGACUACCAGUCAACCAUAUUGUUUACAUGCGACCCUGGCUACACCAUGACAGGUCAAAGUUCAGCUAUUUGUGACCAAAGAGGAAGUUGGUCCAGCACUCCACCACAGUGCUGGCCUAAAAAUUGCUCCCUUCCAGGAAACUUUGAAAAUGGCGUUAUAACCCAUUCAGGAAUAAGUUUUGGAUCAACUGGAACAAUUAUAUGUCACAAUGGGUACAGACUACGAGGAAACAGUCACAUCAUAUGCAAUGAAGAAGGGAUGUGGAACAUCUCAGAAUCAUCUUGUGAUAUAGUUGACUGCAACAAUCCCCCUGAGAUACAGCAUGGGUAUGUGAGGGCUAACAAAACAACUUACUUGUCCCUAGCCAGUUAUACCUGCAGUAAAGGCUACAGGCUGGUUGGUAUAGGGGUAGCUGUGUGUCAGGCGACAGGGAGCUGGACUUUUCAGGACAAGCCUCGGUGUGAGCUGGUAGUGUGUCCCACCCCUAGGGAUCUAGCCAAUGGGAGUGUCAAUUACCCUGCACUGACCGUGGGGUCUGUGGCCACUUACCAGUGUCUGCCCGGGCACAAUAUGUCUGGCACUGGCAGCAUGGUGUGUGGGGAGGAUGGCAGGUGGCAGGGGCAGAUGCCAGUUUGUGACACCAUCGUCUGCCCACCUGCACCAGACAUACCAAAUGGCUAUUACCUGAACAGGAACACUCACCUGAAUGUUGAUGUGGAAUACUUCUGCUCCACUGGGUUUAUUCACGAGGGUGUGACGACCAUUACCUGCCAUGAGAAUGGUACCUGGUCUGCAGAGCUGCCAGUUUGCAAGCGCAUCAGCUGCGCAGCACCUCCAGCCAUCGCACAUUCUGUUGUGACCUCUGACACAGGCAGGGGCAUCAACGCUAAAGUUACCUACUCUUGCAUCAAAGGCUACCGGAUGGUCAAUGAUAGAGACAAUGAGAUAACGAUCACUUGCGGUGAAGAUGGGGACUGGUACGGCAAGAUCCCCUCCUGUGAGAUUGUCGUCUGCUAUGACCCCCCAGCUGCUGUAGCUUUUGGAACUUUCGUCACUACCGGUGACACCUACACGUCACUUGCCAGGUACACUUGUAACCUGGGCUACACACUGACAGGUGCUAGUUCAGUCAUGUGUGACCACCUAGGUCAGUGGUCCACAGAUGACCCUCCCACCUGUUCCCCUGUUUCCUGUGGUCCUCCACCUGUUUAUGAGCUGUCUUCAUUUGAAGGGUCAAAGUUCACCUACAACCAGUCUGUUGAAUACAAGUGUAAUCCUGGAUUUGAUUUGAUUGGUUCGUCAAUAAGCACCUGUGGCGCUGACAGAGCUUGGUCAAAAGUUGUCUUCGACUGCAAAGUUAAAGAAUGUAGCUCAUUGAUGGAGGUUCCAGAAAAUGGGAGAAUUGUGUCCACUGAGGAAGGUCCAUUUGUUGUAGGAGAUGUUGUUGAGUUUGGCUGUGUUGGAGAGUUUACUCUGGUUGGCUCAGCCAGGGUCAGGUGUGCUGAGGAUGGCCAAUGGGAUGCUCAGCCUCCACAGUGUCAAAACAUUAUUGAUCUAUGUGCUGAAAGCAUUGAGAUGGAGAACAUCAUCCCCCCACCCCCUGGCAAGUUGACCGGUGAUGUCAUAACCAUCCAGUGUGUCAAAGGUUACAGGGCUGAUGGUGACAUGAAUUCACUGUGUACCAAGGAUGGCAACUGGACUAGGCCUGAGGGCUCUUGUCAGAGAGUGUCCUGUGGGAAGCCACAGGUGGAUAACCCACACAAAGUGAUGCUUGUGGGUAGGGACUACUUUUUUGGUGACAGUGUAUCCUACAUCUGCAUCCAUGGCUUUGUACCUGUUCGCAGUCCAGCUGUGGUUACCUGUCUGGAAUCUGGUCAAUGGGAUGGGGAGGCAAAGUGUCUAGCUCACUGCAAACAGGAGUGUUUGAACGGGGGCUGGUGUAUGGGCUCUAACAGGUGCAAGUGUUUGCCAGGGUGGGCUGGACCACAGUGUGAAACAGCCAACUGUAUCCUGCCCUGUCUCCACCAUGGCAAGUGUGUGGCACCAUACACAUGCAAGUGUCCUGCUGGGUACGAGGGCUCUCGCUGUCAUAAAGUUGUUUGUUCCAAGCCUUGUGAAAAUGGAGGCAGGUGCUUAAAGCCUAACAGAUGUCAAUGUCCAUCUGGCUUUUCUGGUGCCUUCUGCCAGAAUGUUUUGAUAGCCAGCAAACGCAGGGUGCACCAGUAGAUAGACACGACCAGGCUGUGAUUGUUGUUUGUAAAUUUCAACUCUUCUGGUUGGAUCAACUGUAAGGAAACGAGUUGAUCCUGUUAUAUUUAUGAAACCAUUCAGCUUAUAUGUAUACCCUCUUGUUACAUCAAGUGUAAACAAAGCAAGCAAUUGUAUCAACUUUGCAGUGUAAAGUAUUGUAGACUUAGCAGUUUGUUAAAAUUCAUAUGUACAUAGCCUUGAUAUUCAUUGUACUUUUCAUUUUGCUCAGCAUUUAUAAUUCUUGGAUAUUUUUUAAUCAAUUAAAAAUAUUGCCUGCUUCAGAAAAUAUUAUACAACUUCUACUAUUUGAAUUGGUUAAACAUAUUCUCUGCUCUAGAAAAUGUGUACAGCUUUUAUUAGCUGGUUUAAAAUGGUUACAAAAUGGCCUGUUUACAACACAAUCUAUAUUCUCCAUUAGAGAUAAAUUCCUCAAGAGAAAGCCUUAUAUAAAUCUUUGCUGCAGUAGUCAACCUCUACUGAUAUUUUAAAAACUCGUUAAGGACCUUCCAAUCUGUAUCAGCUAGACCAUUGGUGUAACUUGUCGUUAAGGACCUUCCAAUCUGUAUCAGCUUGACCAUUGGUGUAACUUGUUGGACAAUGUGACAUUGUCACUGCAUGAAUUAAACUAUCAAAUAACAGUUUUAUUAUUAAAUUUCUGCUCAUUGUUUUUUUUUUAUACUACAUACAGCUUAGGUUUCAACAAACUGACAAAAUGUUGGUAUGUUAGAUUGAAAAAUGGUUUAAUUAAUAAAUUCAAUGUUAUUCUAUAAUUAGCAAUCAGAUUACUAGAACAGAUGG